GGAAGCAGGAAAAAGUGGUGCAGAGAGGCAGUGGGCAGGUCUGCCAGGCAGCGGUGGUCAGUGCCCGGCAAGAUGGGCUCUCUCUGGGACUUAGCUGUGCCUCUCCUUCUCCUCUGCUGGAAGGCUGGAGUCGCUGCCAGCUCUGCAGGCAUGAGCAUGGGCAGUUCUGCUCCUGUGGUGACAGUGAACAACACGGAAGUGCCUGCCUUCACUCAGAGGGACAGGCGCAGUUCAGCGGGGGCUUUCCAGACCACUGACCUUACUCAGUAUGUUCCUCUAGACGCUCAAACUCUGAGCGCUGAAACUGCUUCUAACACCUUAGCUGCAACCAGUACCUGUUCAGAGGUCAAUUCUGACACCCAGACCAUCUCUCCUGCAACAGAAACAGGGAAGACACAGACCACCUGUCCUGCAGCAUCAGCCCUGGAUAUUCAGAUCACCUCCACUACAGCGUCAGCUCUGGAGACCCAGACCUCUUCCCUUGCAGUGUUUAGCGUAGAUACUCAGGCCUCCUCUCCUGCAGCAUCAUCGCUGGACACCCAGACCACUUCUGCAGCAACCCUGGACACACAGACCACUUCCGCACCAUCAUCCCUGGACACUCAGACCACUUCUGCACUGUUAUCCCUGGACACUCAGACCAUUUCUACACCAUCAUCCCUGGAUACUCAGACCACUUCUGCACCGUCAUCCCUGGACACACAGACCACUUCUGCACAGUCAUCCCUGGACACUCAGACCAUUUCUGCACAGUCAUCCCUGGACACUCAGACCACUUCUGCAACAUCCCUGGACACACAGACCACUUCUGCAGCAACCCUGGACACACAGAUCACUUCUGCAGCAUCAUCCUUGGACACACAGACCACUUCUGCAGCAUCAACCCUGGACACCCAGAUCACUUCUGUAGCAUCAACCCUGGACACCCAGACCACUUUUUCAGCAUCAUCCCUGGACACCCAGACCACUUCUGCAGCAUCAUCCCUGGACAUCCAGACCACUUCUGCACCGUCAUCCCUGGACACACAGACCACUUCUGCACCGUCAUCCCUGGACACACAAAUCACUUCUGCAGCAUCAUCCCUGGACAUCCAGACCACUUCUGCACCGUCAUCCCUGGACACACAGACCACUUCUGCACCGUCAUCCCUGGACACACAAAUCACUUCUGCAGCAUCAUCCCUGGACACACAGACCACUUCUGUACCGUCAUCCCUGGACACACAAAUCACUUCUGCAGCAUCAUCCUUGGACACACAGACCACUUCUGCAGCAUCAACCAUGGGCACCCAGACCACUUUCCUUGAUGCAUUAUUCCUGGACACCCAGACCACUUCUGUAGCAUCAACCCUGGACACCCAGAUCACUUCUGCAGCAUCAACCCUGGACACCCAGACCACUUCUGUAGCAUCAACCCUGGACACCCAGACCACUUUUUCAGCAUCGUCCCUGGACACCCAGACCACUUCUGCACUUUCAUCCCUGGACACACAGAUCACUUCUGCAGCAUCAUCCUUGGACACACAGACCACUUCUGCAGCAUCAACCCUGGACACCCAGAUCACUUCUGUAGCAUCAACCCUGGACAAACAGACCACUUUCCUUGAUGCAUUAUCCCUGGACACACAGACCACUUUUUCAGCAUUGUCCCUGGACACCCAGAUCACUUCUGCACCGUCAUCCCUAGACACCCAGACCACUUUCCUUGGUGCAGCAUCCCUGAACACCCAGACCUCUUUCCCCACAACAGGCACCUUAGAGAACCAGACUAUUUCCCCCGUAACAGAGACCAGAACUCUUGCAAUAAAAAUGCCUUCCAAUUUCAUGGUUGUGCACCCCAACCCUACAGAUACUUCAGCUACAAGUGGCAGUCCCAAAGUAGAAAUGAGCACUGUCAAGACAGGCACAGUGAGUGACCCCGUAGACUCUAUCUUUGACACCUUUUAUACGGAUGACAGCUCUGAAGAAGCUAGGAAGACCACAGUUGACCUCUUGACCUUGGCUUACACGUCCACAGAAGCUGAACACCUGUCCUCAGAGAGCACCCCCACCUUGGACAACUCAGCUAGGGUCCUCACCAGCCCACAGGUCCUGGGACCCGACACUGCACCUCCAGCCAAGGACUUGGUUGCCGUCAGCAUCACAGAAACAGAAACACCUGCCAUCAUCCCUGGGACCUCUGACACAAACCACAGCCCUACAGGGGCCUUGUCCACUUCUGAGACGCUAACUUCGCCUCAAUCCCCUGGGGCAAAUCCACUUAGCCCCAAGACCACAAGCUCAUUUGGGACUCUGUUGACAACUGGUACCUCAGCUCUUGCCAUCACCCCGGAGGGCACACUUCCUACUAGUGACGUCACAGAGAGAGAAACAACAGCGGCUCAGACUCCUGCCUCUGGUGGGACUUUGGUGACCGUUAGUACAAGUCCACUGAAAGAAACCUCAGCACUCUCUCUUGAGACGCAAAGCCACACUGAGGUCUUGGGAGCAAUUACAGUUCCCAGGGCUGCUGGAACAACAAUGGCAGAAACAAUAUCCUUCUCUGGUUCAACUUCAGACAGCAGCCCCUCAGCAGGGGCCACCACAGAGACUUUAACCACAGAUGACAGAACCAGCAGCUCCUCCCUCGCAGGUAGUAGCCCUCUUCCUUCUGUCUAUUCAAGUACAGCCAGCGCCAGCAAAAACCCAAACAUCACCUUAGCCAAGACCACAGCCUCACCAGAGACCCCAGGGAUGCCCUUACCAUCUACACCCACUACUUCUUGGACAAGGACAAGAACCCCAAAACACGAUCCAGGUGAAGAUGGCGGCUUCCUCCUUGUACGGGUGAGUGUGGCCUCCCCUGAGGACCUCACUGAGCCCAAAGCCGCAGAGAAGCUGAUGCACCAGCUCAGCUGCGAACUGCACACCCACAUGCCACUCGUCCAAGUGUCCGUACUGAGCGUCAGAAGGGGCUGAAGGAUGUUAGCUGCAACCAGGCACGCCCUCCAUACUGGAAGAAAGAGUACUGCUACUUGUGGCCGGGGCCCAAACUGUCCAAAGCCAUGGUACUGUGCCAUGGACCCAGAUGGUACCCAUGAAGGUCAGUUGACUUGAGAACCCAUGAGGGUCAGCUGACUUGAGAACGCUACCCCUCACCUGACCACAAGACAUUUGUCCACUCUGCCUGAGGGUGUGUGCAAGGAGAGAGGGCUGGCCUGUUUCCAGCUGUGUCGUUCACCUUCUCUGACUAGUCGUUGUAUUUCAGUAAAGAGAGAACUGACCACUCUA